AUGGCAGAUGAUGUCAAUCUAAAUCUAACAAAAGAUUUAAAAUCAAAUUGGCGCACUGUAAAAGUCAGAAAACGAUUUGAAGGCAAAAAUCAAUAUGAUGAUGUUUUUAAACAUUUUUUUUUGUGGCCACAAAAAGAAAAUUUACGAAAAAAUUUAUUUACAAAAUUUCAACCUUCACGCUACAGCACAGCACGGAGAAUAUUCCAAAAAACUCUAUUCCAUAAGGGUGUUGGAAAAAAAACAGAAAGGAAACGAGAACCUUCCCGUUUGUGUUGUGAAAACGAAAAAUUAUCCACGAUUAUGGUAGAUAUAGGAAUGGAGGAUUUGUUCUCGGGUAAAGGCAGUCAGCAAACAUGUCUGACAUUAAAACUGAUAUUUAAUAGUUUCUCAUGUUCAAAGAUAAAAUCGAAAAGCACAUUUUAA